CGAGCCGAUGACCGCGCGCGCGAACUCAACUGAUCGCAGUGCAUCGUAGCCCGCCGUCGGGCCGUGUAGUCCCGGAUGUCAUUAGACUAUAUAAUUAUUUUAUUCUGAUUACGUUUCAUGUGAAGUGUUUUCGGUUUUCUUGCACUUAUACCACAUUUUCAAUUCGUUAAUUUUUUUCGCCAAUUGUAUUUUAGUGUAAUCGAAAUUAAGGAAUUACGUGCACGCAAAUGGUAUCGUCUCUUCUCCGUUAUGAAGGAACACCGAACCAAAGGACUUAGGGUCACAACUACUGAAAGCAUAAUUAGUGACAAAAAUGACACUAUGACCGAGGGUGCAGAAGGUUGCAGUGACGAUCCGCUGGCUUCAUUACAGUUAGAUGUCGCUUCUGGUGGCCCGUCGUCAGAAAGCCAACAGCCAGAGAGUCAGGCGGAAGUGUCCACAUUGUGUAUAUCGUCGGCGGACAAUGAUAUCGACAAAAUAAUCGCCGGCGAAUGGCAUGGAGGAGAAUGCAAAACAGGUUGUUGCAGCAGGUGUGCGUUCAGAGAAUGGAGGCUGGUCGGUGAUAAGUUGCAGUUAUUUUGUUUCAAAGACUAUGAUGCGUUGAUAGCAACUCGUCCAGCGAUAGCUAACAUACAGUUUUGCUUCCGGUUCAAGUCUAGCCCGAAAUGUCUGAAGCAUCCGAACGUGCCGAACGCAAAUUGUUUCAUAUUUUUCGACAUCGUCUCGGGUGAUAUCCACAAAAAUUGGAUGCAAGUGGUGCGCCGAUUGAAAGAGACGUCGGCCAACGCAACGGUCGCACAGCUGCGCCGGUGGUCGCGGGCCGUGGACGAGAACGGCAACACUGCGCUAAUAUUGGGCGCCAAGCGGCUAAUGAACUGCGGAUUGUUUAAACGCGCGUACCAGUUCGCAGUCAUGAUGCUGAAAUUCGGUAGUGACGUCAACUGGUUGAACAACGGCGGUCGCUCGUUAAUUACAUACACCGUACAUUACAUGGAUCAGGCUAUAGACAUCACUAGACUCUUAUUGAACUGUGGAGCAACCGUAUGGCUCGAAGAUUGCAAUUCGGAAGCUAGACUCCACUACGUGAAAUUACUGAAGGAAUACCGCACAAAAACGGAGACGGAUCUGCAGCGAUGUCUGACCGAUGACCCGAUCGAAAGUCCACUGGACAGCAUAUUCACUUGGUUCCUACGUUCCGUCAUGAUCAGAAGGCGCAUGGACGACAGUUGCCUGCGCACAUUGUCACUACUCUCACAGUCGAUGGGCGAGGACCCGACCAGGAUGCACUCGCACGUCAUGCGCACCAUGUUCAGUCACGCUCAGUGUUACAAUAUAUUCGGACCGGUGUUCUUCCAGAUCAAAAAGGCCCUGGCACCCCAGUGGGUGCAACCGCACUCGCUGCAGCAGCUGUGCCGCAAGUCCAUACGGCGGUCGCUGUUUCGCGGCCGCCACGGUAACGCGCACCCCGACACGGUGGCCGAGCUGAACCUGCCCAAGCCCCUGGAGUCUUACGUCUCCUACCACGACUGAACCACUGCCCAUCAUCAUCUCUACCACGACCAACACCUGACCAUCCCCUCUCCUCAUCGUCAACAGUCAUCAACGGAUAUACCUACACGUCUUCCACGCCGUAUAAUAUAAAUACAAUCUUAGCCCCCCCCCCUCGCCACCAAUUAUCACGAAAAUUAAAAUUAAUAGACAAGACAGUGAGUUAACGAAAUGUUAUUAUAUUUGAAUGAUUGCAGUUUGGAUACAAUGAUUUAAAACAUAAAUACAUUUUUUAAAGCUAUAAAAUAUUCGAAUAAAAAUUCUAACUGGGAACUAAUUCGGAUACAAUACGUGACGCGGAAUUACGUAAUAUUGCGUCAAACACCAUCGGAACUAUACCUUAACUUACGUCGGUGUUUAAUAUUAUAAAAUAUAGUAAAUAACAUUUUUUGUGGCAUCCUAUUCCCCCCCCCUCACCCCCACGAAAUACCAAUUAUCAUUGAUUCCUCGUACAACCUAUAUUAUUACAUGUGCGUAUAUCCUAGGUAUAUUAUAUAUAUAAUAUAUAAUGGUUAUAUAAUAUAUACUAAAUUAAUUGCCAAAGCUUUCGAUUCGAAACUUACACUAUAUAGUUAAUAAAUAUGAUAUCACCAGACGCCGCCGGUGUGUCUAUGUAUCAUGCCAGCUAAUUUCGUUUGGCCAAUAAUACCUAAGUCGAUAAGUCCGCGCGUGGCUCCUGUUAUAUUUAUAUUAUUAUAUACACCCAGCUUUUCGACAAAGUUAUAUCAUUAUCGACUUACUCUAUUUUUACUUAUAUAUAUAAAUUGUUUUAUAUUUCGUAACUCCAUAAUAUUAAUAACUAAUAAUCAUAUAGCCGUUGCCUUGUCUUAUGUAAUAUUUUUAUCGAGUGUGUGCAAGAACAUUUUGUGUAUUAACUACCUUAUAUAAAGCUAUUGGUAGGUAGGUAGUAAACUAUUUUACUCACCCAAUGAAAAUCGCUAAAAUAUUGAUUGGACACUAUAAUAUAUAUUGUGAUAUUGGGCGGCAUAGUUCGAUAUUACUCACAAUCGGGUUGCAAAAAAAGUUGUACUUGCCUCGUAAAACAGUAUAAUAAAUAUAGGCGAAUAAUUUCAUAUUAUUAACCUAUAUACAAGACGUGUAUAUAUUAUAUAUAUAUUAUUUCACGUACUAAUGUCACAAAAAAUAUUUAUUGUAUUUACACGAUUAUUGUAGGUACCUAAAUUUUAAUUUUUUUUAAUAGAGUCAUUAGAGUCUAUAUUAUAUUAUAAUGUAUAGUCUAUGGACGAUUUAGUUUAGAUAUAACUUAUUAAGUAUUAGAAAUAUGUAAUUUAGAUUAACCGUUUGAAAUGUAUUAAAUCACGCGUCUUGCCAAAUACAUAUCGCUUAACUACACCCAAGUGUCGUGACUGCAGCGUUAUAUUUGGCAAUACAAUUGUUUAGAAAUAUAAUAUUAUAACAGCUGAAAUCACGUGUUUACCUGAUUAUCGGAGAAUGUAAAAUAAACAGCGAUUAUUGUUAAUCCUUCACGUUAGAUCAUAAUUAUAAAUAUAUGUAUUAACAAUUGUUAUAUUGUAACUCUCCAUUGUAGUUCUCCGUGAUACCGUCUAGAUAUAGUUAUACAUUCGUUGCAGUAUCUAUAUAUGUGGGUACCUGUUACCUGUGUAUUAUAAUAUAAAAUAUGUUAAGAUUUGUGAUUACUGCCCUUGGCAUUUACAUAAUAUAUAAUAUUAUAACACA